CCGUGUCACAUGAUAAGUGUUUUUGAACAAGUAGUAGGAGGGGAAGUAGAGCACUUUCUACUGUAGUUAGUUACCAUAUAUCCAAACAACACAGAAACAGUUUCCCAUUGCCUCAUCGUGUGAGAGAAAAACAAGGUGUUGAAUUUAAAGUCACUGUCUUUCGGACUUUCACACUAUGGCAAGCGGAUCGGUAUCGGGGUGCAAGGAAUACUUGUUCAAAGUCCUUGUCAUCGGGGAGUUAGGUGUGGGGAAAACCAGCAUCAUCAAAAGAUACGUCCAUCAGUUAUUCUCCCAACACUACAGAGCGACGAUUGGGGUCGAUUUUGCGCUCAAAGUUAUCAACUGGGACAGCAACACGCUGGUGAGGUUACAACUAUGGGAUAUCGCAGGUCAGGAGCGAUUCGGGAACAUGACGCGGGUGUACUACAAGGAGGCGGUGGGAGCAUUCGUGGUGUUUGACGUGAUGAGGGGAUCCACUUUUGAGGCAGUGUCCAAAUGGAAGCACGACUUGGACAGCAAGGUGAAACUGGCCAACGGGAGCCCUAUACCCUCAGUGCUGCUUGCCAAUAAGUGUGACCAGAAGAAAGAGAGCUCCAACAACACUUCCCUCAUGGACAACUUCUGUAAAGAGACUGGCUUCCUGGGCUGGUUCGAGACCUCAGCCAUGAUUCCUCCCAUGCCAGAAGUCUGAUGAUGAUGAUGUAGCCUAUAGCUGUUUGCUGUGACAACAUCAACGUGGACGAGGCAGCUCGGUUCCUGGUGGAGAACAUCCUGCUGAAUGACAAGGGCCUGCCAUACGAGGAGAGCAACGGAGACCCCAUCAAGCUCGACCAGGAGACAGUGGCUGCUGAGAGCAAGCCAGGCUGCUGCUAGCUCUGAGGACUCUGCAUCCACCUUCUACUACUGCAUCCACCUUCCUCCCACUUGAUCGAUCAAUCAAUCAAUCAAAUGUAUUUAUAAAGCCCUUUUUACAUCUGCCGAUGUCACAAAGUGCUAUACAGAAACCCAGCCUAAAACUCCAAACAGCAAGCAAUGCAGGUGUAGAAGCCGGUGGCUAGAAAAACACCCUAGAAUGGAAUGAACCUAGAAAGAAACCUAGUGAGGAACCAGGCUCUGAAGGGUGGCCAGUCCUCUUCUGGCUGUGCCCGGGUCGAGAUUAUA